UUUGUUGAUUAUUAUCAUUUAUAUUAAACCCCAAUAUUCCUAUUCGAAAGAUAUUUUUCAUUCGUAUUCUAAUCAACAAAAUCAACGGUACUACACUAGUAACCAGUGUUUAAAUUGUAAAAAAAUUUUACAAUUUCAUUUAACCAAUAAGCACUACACACCUAUAUUAUUAUUCUGUGAUCUGUGAUUAACCAUCAAUUAACCAUUCAGUUUCUGCUUCUUCUUCUUCUUCUUCUUCUGCUUUUCGUUUUUUCUUUCGAAGUUUUACCAAAUUUACCAAAUUUACUGAAUGAAUACUGCAUUGAUAAAAGCGUCGAAUUCAAAAUUUAAUUUUUGUGAUUCAUAUAAUCACCAUUCUUCUUAUUAUCAUCAACAUUCAUCCAAUUCACCAGCAUCAUUUCUACCAUCACCAUCGAUAUUUGAUCGUUCAUCACCAUCGAUAUUUUCAUCCAAAUUUAGUUUAUCCAAUACACCAUCAACAACAACAACAACAACGGCGAUCACAACAUCAUCACCAACAUUAACACCGUCAUCAUCCGCAUCAUCCGUAUCACCUACACCAUCAUCAUCGCCAUUGCCAAACAAUAUGUUGUUUACAGAAUCUAGCUAUAAAUCAUCAUGGAAUUCUCCGACAACACCAUCAUCACCAACACAAAAUUAUCAUCCAAAUUCAAUAACCGGUAUAACAAAUAAAGCAGCAGCGGCAGCGGCUGCGGCAGCAGCCGCUGCUGCCGCUGUUGCUGGUGUAUCAAUUGAUCAAACGCAUUCACAUUUAAAUGUUAAUGUUCGUAAUACGAUUCAAGAUCCAUAUCAAAUGUUUGGACCAACAAGCUCUCGGCUAGCAAGUUCGGGUUCAGGACAGAUACAAUUGUGGCAAUUUUUAUUAGAAUUAUUAUCCGAUUCGGGCAAUUCAAAUUGUAUUACAUGGGAAGGUACUAAUGGUGAAUUUAAACUUACCGAUCCAGAUGAAGUUGCACGUCGUUGGGGCGAAAGAAAAAGUAAACCAAAUAUGAAUUAUGAUAAAUUAAGUCGAGCAUUACGUUAUUAUUAUGAUAAAAAUAUUAUGACUAAAGUACAUGGAAAACGAUACGCAUAUAAAUUUGAUUUUCAGGGUCUUGCUCAAGCUACACAGCCUAGUCCAACUGAUACAUCAAUGUAUAAAGGUGCCUAUCAAUCGGCCGAUUUAUUUACAACAAUGCAUCAUGCAUCCGGUUAUCAUAGUGGUCAUCAUUCACAUCAUUCACAUCAUCCGCAUCAUCAUUCACAUCAUCCACAUCAUGGUACAACAAAAGCACAUUUAAAUUUUGCUGCUAUGCAUGCAGCUACUGCUGCUGCUGCUGGUACAUCAAUUGGUUCACCAACAUCAGGAUCCGGUACAUUAUUUUCAUCAUCAUCAACAGCAGCCGCUGCAGCAGCAGCAUCAUAUUGGUCAAAUACUGGUUCGGCUGCAGCGGCAAAUCUUUAUUCAAAUAUUGCAGCCGCAUCAAAUCAUGCAGCUGCAAUUGGUCAUCAUCAUCAUCAUCAUGCAACUAAUCAUCAUCAACAUCCACAUCCACAUCAUACACAUCCAGCAAUGACAUCACAUAUUGGAUCAUAUUCACAUUAUGCUUGAAUUUUACAAAAAACAAACCAAAAAACCAAAACCAAAUUGCUAAUUACAUUGAAUAUCUUCAUUGAUGUUGAUGUAUAUAAGAAAAUUUUUGCAAUU